AGGAGAAGGAAUAUAGUUUGGAGGAGCUUCAGCGAAUGUUGGCCGACAUGGCACAAGAUUUUGCCUCACCGCCACCGCCACCGCCACCGCCGUCUUGUUGGUUCGACGGCGGAGGAGCCUCGAGAAGUUCGAAGAGGUUCCGGGAAGACACGGAUCCGAUGGCCACGAGGAAAUCUCGCGUGCACGUGUCAGGCGUGGAGGUGUUCGGGAGCACCAGCUACUGCUGAGCACCCCCUUUGUGUUCAUCCACCUAGUGCCAAGAAAUGGAGUCUCUUUGGAUGGAGACCAUACGGUUUUGAGACUUUGUUGGAAGGAUGAAUUCUUGGUACAGAUGGAGAGAGUUUGAGGAGUUUCAGGCUUCUUUAAGCCUUGGUUUCAUAUGCUCUUUUGUGUUUGAUUGGAUUGCUUCAUUACUUGUAUGGUUGGUUGAUUGGUGGCCUUGGGUGUAUUGCACGAAGCGACAAUCUCUCGCAAAUUGAUUGCAAGUGUUCGACGGCUAGGUCUAGGGUUGACCUUGGUCGUCUUCUUCUUGCUAUUUGUACAUAUGUUGGACUGUCAGGUUCAACGAUCAUGUUUUGUCUAGGUUCUCACCAUGCGUGAGAGAAUAAUGUGGAAGACAGCUUAUUUAUCUUGAACUUAUACAUUGCUAACAUUACCUA